CAUUUCAGCACAUCAAAAUACUCCCGCGCAACACGGAAGGCAUCACACGAUGUGCGGCAUCCACUUCGUCCUCUGCCCCUCCACUGCACAGCAAGCCGACCUCCCGCCAGAACUGAAAUGCCGCCUGCUCGCUCGCGGACCAGAUCACUUCGGCCAGGUUCACCGCCGCGUCUGCCCCCUGCAGCAUGCGAAUGCCGCCGGCUGGUCGCUGCGCUUCACCUCCACCGUCCUCGCCCUGCGCGGCAGCGACAGCGGGGACGGUGUCACGCGCCAACCGCUCGCCGAUGAAGCCACGGGCUCUGUUCUGUGUUGGAACGGCGAGGCGUGGAGGGUUGGCGGGGCGCGGGUUGGCGCCGGCGAGAAUGAUGCACGUGUCGUCUUUGCUCGGUUGCUUGCGGCCUCUACCUCCGGGCCUGCCUCGGCAGAGAGGGUGCUAGAUGCCCUGAGGCGCAUCGAGGGGCCGUUUGCGUUUGUCUAUUACGACGCGGUCGCCGGGAGCGUGUUCUUUGGGAGGGACAGGCUUGGGCGCAGAUCGCUCUUGCUGACGCAGCGGCCUGGCGUGGAAGGACAGGAGGCGCUGGAGCUGUGCAGUGUGGCGGGCGAGGCGGGGGACGGGUGGAGGGAGGUCGAGGCGGAUGGGAUUUAUGCCGUCAGGCUGGGCGAGGAGGGGAUAAGUCUGAUGCGGCAUGACUGGGUUGCAAGGGAGGACGCUGCUGAUUUCGUCUCCGGCAUUGGCAAGUUCAACAUGGCGCUCCCGCAUGGCAGUUGUGCGUUGACGCCAGAUUCACCUUCGGUGAUGGCGCUCAGGGACAAGCUGCUGGAAUCCUUAAGGUUGAGGGUUCUGAACAUUCCGCUGCCGCCAGCCUCUGACGCCGAUGGCAAGACACGAGUUGCCAUCCUGUUCUCGGGAGGGCUCGACUGUACCGUGCUGGCCAGAUUGGGCCACGAAGUACUCGAUGCGGACCAGGGGAUGGACCUGCUUAAUGUGGCAUUCGAGAACCCGCGAGUAGUUGCGCAACUCCACAAGCAGACUGGCCAUCUGACCGAUUAUUACGAGGCUUGCCCGGACAGGAUCACAGGGAGAAGAUCCUUUGCAGAGUUGCAAAGGGUUUGUCCAGGACGAGCCUUUCGGUUUGUGGCUGUGAACGUCCCAUACACGGAGACACAAGCGCAUCGCCAGCAGGUCAUCGCCUUGAUCCGCCCGCACAAUACUGAAAUGGACCUUUCUAUUGCACAUGCUCUCUAUUUUGCUGCCCGCGGCCAGGGAUUCUGCACGGUAAGCUCCAGUGCAGACUCGCCGCCGGUGUUUUACACGUCUCCCGCAAGGGUUCUUCUCUCUGGCCUAGGUGCCGACGAGCUCUUUGGCGGGUACUCCCGCCACCCCUCGGCCUUUCAACAACGAGGUUACGCCGGACUCAUCGACGAGCUUUUGCUUGAUGUCGGCCGGUUGGGCAAGCGGAACCUCGGCCGCGACGAUCGAGUGAUGGCGCACUGGGGUAAAGAGGUGAGGUUUCCGUUUCUGGAUGAGUGUCUCGUGGGGUGGGCCAUAGCGACACCGGCAUGGGAGAAGUGCGAUUUCGAGAACGGGGAGGAGGCCUCUGCUGUCGAGCCCGGUAAAAGGAUACUCCGGCUUCUGGCUCUGACGCUAGGUAUGGAGGGCGUGGCCAAGGAGAAGAAGCGUGCUAUCCAAUUUGGCUCGAGGACGGCCAAGAUGGAAAGUGGCCGCGUCAAGGGUACCACCGUCAUCUCAUAGGAUCGCGGCCUCCAGACGCCCGGCGGUGAUGAUACAUUACAGAUACUUCUGAGUCACG